AUGUCCUCCGACACCGAAGUCGACGAAGCCCUCCGCGACCGGCUCAAAUCAGCCCUCUGGUUCACCAUCGGCAAGAUUGUCGACACCGAAUGUGUGGCCCUCCAUGUCAACGCCACCCCGCAGUUUAUUGCGGCGCUUACAGAGCUUGUGUGGGCGCAACUCGAGAACGUUGGCCGCGACCUCGAGAGCUUUGCGAAGCACGCAGGCAGGACCACGGUAAACACCGACGAUGUGCUGCUGCUUGCGCGACGGAACGACGGGCUGGAGGAGCUGCUGAGGGGGUUUGUGGAGAAGGAGGUAGCGGCGGGGAAGGGGGGCAAGGGCAAGGGGAGAGCGAGGUAG